CGGCUGCACGAACGCAUGCGCCUCGAUUUGCGAACGUGAGGCUUGGGCCUCUCAACGUCCAUUCAGUCUCCUCUGCUCCUCCAAAAGUGCAUGAGGACCAUGUGAACCAACAGUACACCAUAUAUUUUGAGCAUCCAGCAGUUGUUGCCACCACGCGCUAAACAAACACCGCUCCGUGUUGUGCGUGUGCGUUAAUUCAGUUUGAUUAGAUAAGUGCUUGCGAUAGACGAAAUGUCAGAUCAGCGGAUGGCGUCAGAAUGGCUCAAAUAACAGCAAAAUGAACGCAACGAGUUUGAACUCGACCGCGGGCAACGGGUCUUCGGUGUUGGCCGUGGACGACAGUCCGGAAGGGGCCGUGGUGCUGGCCAUCCAACUGUACUACACGCCGGCGCUGGUGGUGCUGGGUUCGGCCGGCAACUGUCUGUCGGUGGUGGUUUUCAGCACGGCCAAGUUGCGGCAACUGAGCUCGAGUUACUACCUGGCCGCCCUGGCCAUCAGCGACACCGGCUACCUCGUCGGCAUUUUGAUGGUGUGGCUCGACCUGGUGGACGUGGCCCUGUACAACGAGCAGGGCGCCUGCCAGGCCAUCAUGUACCUCUCGUCGGUGUGCAGCUUCCUCAGCGUGUGGUUCGUCGUCGCGUUCACCGUCGAGCGCUUCGUCGCCGUCAAGUACCCGCUGCACCGACCCGCCGUCUGCACCGUCGCCAGGGCCAGGGCCGUCCUCGCCGUCGUCACGCUCGUCGCACUCGUCCUCAACCUCCCCAUGCUGCUCAUCACCGGACCCGUCUACAUCAGUGAAUAUGAUAAGGUAGCGUGUGGGAUGCGGUCCGAGUUCGAAGAGCUGGCGAGCAUAUUUAAUUACGUGGACACGGUGCUGACCUUUGUGUUGCCAGUGCUGGCCAUCACAGUUCUCAACACCAGCAUCGCGUGCACGGUCUACUAUUUGGCCAAAGUUCGUCGCGCCAUGACCCGCCAGCAGCGUAGACAAGAUAGCAACGGAAGCGACUUCAACAGCGUCGCCAAUAAAAGGGUGUCGAGCACUCGUGGUGGCGUGAUGCUGGUGAAAAACGGCGAGCAAAUGGAAUUGGCCACCCACGGAGGCAACGCCAGGGCCAUCAGGGCCCAACACUCGGCCAACACGCAGGCAAAGAUCACGAAAAUGCUGCUGCUGGUGUCGACCGUGUUUGUCGCCCUCAACCUGCCCUCGUACGUCUGCCGCCUUUGGGUCUUCAUCAAGCCGCCGACCCCCGGGGACAAAUGGCUCAGCCACCUGAUUGUCCUGCAGCACAUCAGCUACGUGCUUUUCAACACCAACUUCGGCAUCAACUUCGUGCUCUACUGCGUCAGCGGACAGAACUUCCGGCGGGCGCUCAAGACGAUGUGCUGCCCCGGCGCUGGUGUGCACAGGACCGGCCGCAGGGAGGUCAGCCAGUCAACAGCAGUUUCCGAGUACCAACGGGCCGCCGGGUGCAGUUUUAACUCGCGACACCGGACCGCUCUGAACGGGGUUUGGCGAGAGGCGCACGAGCUGCUCCCUCUGAACAUCUCGCAGCCGCAACAAUGAGGGAUUGAAGGGUGCGAGACCAAGAGGCCGCGAUUUAUUUGCGCUGGAGAUGAAGCGAAAAUUCAAUUUCAUUAAUUGCAGCUGAAAUUCCGCCACCCCAAAAGACUCGCGGCGCUAACGAGAUGGUUUUGCUGCGCCGCGUCUCAGUUCGUGUUUUAAUGACAAGUUGGUGUGCAAAAUGUCACUGUCGACUGCUUGUUGAUACCAAAGUCGCGUUUACGUAGCGAGCGAUGAAGAAUCGCUCAAGAGAUCUCUGGUUGCAUGUUCAAAAUCUAUCAAAGCUGUUUAUCGUUGCAUGGAUUUUAAAUCUAUUGCUGAUUUCUGGUUUUCUGAUGAGAUGAAGACAAAACAACAAUUUAUUGGGGAUUUAUGAAAUCUGACUGUGCUCUUGUUUCAGUGUUGAGAUAAAUAUAUUAUGAAAUUUAUUGAUGUACAUAUAUAUUGAAGCUUUUCUCUUUGACAAAAACAUUACACCAUUAUCAUUAUUUUCAUUACAACGUUUUAAGAAAUGUUCAUAAUUAGGUUCAAAACAAGCAAAAGGUUGAAAUAGGAAGUUGUUCCAUUGACAUAAUACUUAUUGUUAGCUCUGAAAUCCAAGGUUAAUUGCAAGCAUUGAAAAUAAAAAUCUAAAUGAGCAAAGAAUUAUAAAUUUCUACUGGGGUCUAAUUCUGUAAGAUAGAAUCGUUCCAUUUCUAUUUCAAUUUCCAUUUGCUUACUCAUUCUAUUUCGUCGCCUUUUUCGAUAAAGACUU